CUGGGAAAAUGUGAGGCAAUUUGCGAGGCUGGGUUCCUGCAGGAGAGGCUCCUCUUCACCACUGUGGACCCCUGGGAGAUGGAACAAGCCAAAAUGGACGACAAUAUGGAUACAAAAUCAAUUCUAGAAGAACUUCUCCUCAAAAAGUCACAGCAAAAGAAGAAAAUGUCACCAAUUAACUACAAAGAGCGGCUUUUUGUUUUGACCAAAACAAACCUUUCUUACUAUGAAUAUGACAAAAUGAAAAGAGGCAGCAAAAAAGGGUCAAUUGAGAUUAAGAAAAUCAGAUGUGUGGAGAAAGUCAAUCUUGAGGAGCAGACACCUGUGGAGAGACAGUACCCAUUUCAGAUCGUCUAUAAAGAUGGACUUCUCUACGUCUAUGCAUCAAAUGAAGAGAGCCGCAGUCAGUGGUUGAAAGCAUUACAAAAAGAGAUAAGGGGAAACCCCCACCUACUGAUCAAGUACCACAGUGGAUUCUUCGUGGAUGGGAAGUUCCUGUGCUGUCAGCAGAGUUGCAAAGCAGCCCCAGGAUGUACCCUUUGGGAAGCAUAUUCUGAUUUACACAUUGCAAUCAGUGAUGAGAAGCACAGAGCUCCCACUUUCCCAGAUAGGAUACUGAAGAUUCCUCGGGCAGUUCCUGUUCUCAAAAUGGAUGCACCAUCUUCAAGUCCUACUCUAUCCCAAUAUGACAGUGACUCGAAGAAAAGCUACACUUCCCAACCAAACAUCAACAUCCGAUAUAUUCCAAGGGAAGACUGCCCUGACUGGUGGCAAGUAAGAAAACUGAAAAGCAAAUGCCUCACUUUAACAACGGAGAACCAUACAGAACUUGAAAGAAUCAGUGAAGAUGUUGCCUGCAGUAACCAAAUGGAAAGAAACACUGGCAAUCAAAGCACCUCAAAGAUAUCAUGGGGGUUCCCUGAGUCCAGCUCAUCUGAGGAAGAAGAGAGUCUGGAUGAUUAUGACUGGUUUGCUGGUAACAUCUCUAGGUCACAAUCUGAGCAGUUACUGAGACAAGAGGGAAAAGAAGGAGCAUUUAUGGUUAGAAAUUCCAGUCAGGUGGGAAUGUAUACCGUGUCCUUAUUUAGUAAGGCUGUGAAUGAUAAAAAAGGCACCGUCAAACAUUACCAUGUGCAUACAAAUGCUGAAAAUAAAUUAUACUUGGCAGAAAACUACUGUUUUGAUUCCAUUCCAAAACUUAUUCACUAUCAUCAACACAAUUCAGCAGGCAUGAUCACAAGGCUCCGCCAUCCUGUGUCUACCAAGGCCAACAAGGUCCCAGUCUCUGUGUCCCUGGGAAGUGGAAUCUGGGAGCUGAAAAGAGAAGAGAUUUCCCUGUUGAAGGAGCUGGGAAGUGGCCAGUUUGGGGUGGUCCAACUGGGCAAGUGGAAGGGGCAGUAUGAUGUUGCUGUUAAGAUGAUCAAAGAGGGUGCCAUGUCAGAAGAUGAAUUCUUUCAGGAGGCCCAGAUCAUGAUGAAACUUAGCCAUCCCAAGCUGGUUAAAUUCUAUGGAGUGUGUUCAAAGAAGUAUCCAAUAUACAUCGUGACUGAAUAUAUAACCAACGGUUGCUUGCUUAAUUACUUGAAGAAUCACGGGAAAGGACUAGAACCCUCACAGCUCUUAGAAAUGUGCUAUGAUGUCUGUGAAGGCAUGGCCUUCUUGGAAAGCCACCAAUUUAUACAUCGGGACUUGGCUGCUCGAAAUUGCUUGGUAGAUAGUGAUCUCUCUGUGAAAGUCUCAGACUUUGGAAUGACAAGGUAUGUUCUUGAUGACCAGUAUGUCAGUUCAGUAGGAACAAAGUUUCCUGUCAAAUGGUCAGCUCCAGAGGUGUUUCAUUACUUCAAAUACAGCAGCAAGUCAGACGUCUGGGCCUUUGGGAUCCUGAUGUGGGAAGUGUUCAGUCUGGGGAAGCAGCCCUAUGACUUAUAUGACAAUUCCCAAGUGGUUGUGAAGGUCUCCCAGGGCCACAGACUCUACCGGCCACAACUGGCAUCGGAUACCACCUACCAGAUCAUGUACAGCUGCUGGCAUGAGCUUCCAGAAAAGCGACCCACAUUUCAGCAACUCUUAUCUUCCAUUGAACCACUUCUGGAAAAAGACAAGCCUUGAAGAAAUGAGGAAUGCUGAUUGGAAUAAAUGCAAACAUUCGCCAACACUCGUUCUUUUAAGAGAAGUAGCAAGAUACAAUAUAAUUUAGCUAGUUCUUAAUAAUGUUUAUAUAUUCUUUGUCAUAUUAUGUAGAAAUGAACAAUGUAGGAAACAGGAAAUCUCUUUGAAAUUUAAAUUGAAUUAGUAAUUUUGUUUUUGCUGCUUUUACUAUAACACUU